ACACGAAAGAAACUGUCACAGUAGACGAUGUCUUCAGAAAAGUUUGAGUCACUUGACGACGACUUUACGUCGAUUCUAGACAGUCUUAGAGAGAGAAUAGAGAGGAAGAUUCCAAAUUAUACUGGCGAGGAAAAGAAAACGGCCAUAAGACAUGCAGAAAGAAAUGUGGAAGAAGCCAACAUCAUUCUCCAAGAGAUGGAAGCUGAGGCCAGGAUAGCCCCUGUGUCGGCUCGUACACAGAUGUUGAGUAAAUUGCGCAACUACAGAAGGGAAAUUGACCAACUCAACAGAUCAUUGAAAAAAGGUACAAGUGCAGGGUUUGGUGGAGCAGACACUUUUGGUUUUGACAGGAAUGAUAGAGUAGAGGCCUCACAAAGAGCUAGGUUAAUGGAAGGUACACAAAUCCUAAACAGAACAUCAGAGAGCAUCGCUCGAUCCCACCAGAUCUCUGCAGAAACAGACCAGAUCGGGGUGGAUACUAUAGAUGAAUUGGGACGACAGCGGGAGGUUCUAGAGAGGACCAAAGACAGGCUGGUUGAUACAGACUCAAAUCUUAGCCGAAGUCGGAAAAUUCUAAAAACAAUGGCUAUGAGGGUGAUGACCAAUAAGAUGAUUCUGAUUGUAGUAAUCCUUGUAGAACUAGGGAUUUUAGGAGUAGUGAUAUGGUGGAAGUUCUUCAAAAAGUCCUGAAUACAAACUAUUUAUAUAUAUCUACCAUUACAUUUAUCUGGAACAGAUGUUGCACAGUGGAAUAAGACAUCUAACAUUGAAAAAUUACUCCACGUGCCUUUAUCAUUUGAGAGAGAGAGAGAGAGAGAGAGAGAGAGAGAAAGAGUUUUAUGGAAUAAAGUUAUGUUUGUAUAAUAGUGUUUGUGUAUAUACAUAUACCGUGUACAUGUACAUGUAUGUAAAAUAUUUAUUAAUUUCUAAGUAAAUGCCAUAUUAUAAAGAA